AUGGAUAUCCUAAAGUCAACUGAUGAAUCUGAUGUGAUUAUCGAGAAUCAAAGAGGCUUUACACUACUGGGAUACCCAUUUUUUUCUCCAAAACUUCUUUUUCCACGUCUUGAUCCGAAUAACUUCCAAAUAAUGAACCGUGAGAAGGGAACUCUUAUCGAUAUUAGAAGUAAUCGUAGAUCUAUUAGAGAUGUCUUCCCGUUAGAAGGUUACGAUCGAUGUGGUAGGUGGUUCGUUGAUAUGAGAGUCGGCAAUGUCGAUGAUCAAGGUUGGGUUUACAGUUGGAACUUUAGCCAUGGUAGAUGGAGAGAUGGAAAAGGUUUAGUGAGAAGAAGGAUAUGGGUUCGACAUAGUUUGGAUCCAGCAUGUCCAACGAAUGAUGAAGCCAUCGAACAAUUCCCGCUGCACUCCACAGAAAAUGCGCGAGAGCAAAGUGAUGAAGAUCUGCCAUUAGUGACGGUAUUGCAGAGACAAUUACUAGAUAGGCAUAAGUUUGAAAUCUUAGAGAAAUGUGAUAAAUCGAUAUUCCAAGACGAAGAACUGUGUCGAAAUAUCCAAGACUGCUUCCAAUAUGCAUCCUCAAAGCAUAAGUUCCAAGAGUGGUUGAAACAAAAGUGA